AUGGAGAAGGUCGGGGAGCGCGAGGACCAAAUGACGAGGUUACGGAGCGUCUCUGCGCUGAACACGUUUUACCACGAGAUGCAGCACGAGGUCGCGGGUCUCGAGCAGCAGGUGGCGUGUAAAGACGCAGUUAUAGCGGAGCUGAAGGCCAGACUGGCCAGACACGAGAGGACACGGGAGGCACCGUCGACCUCUCUGCUCGACAGCUUGAUUAAAGAAAUCUGUGAACUGAAACACAAACUGAAGGACACAGAAGUGGACGCGAGUCAAAGGCUGGAACACAGCAAAAGAGAGAGCCAGGGCCUGCAGCAGAGGCUGAGAGACAUGGAGCAGGAGCUGGAGUGCAUGCGUCACCGGCCCGAGCACCAGAAGGAGCGGGAGAUCCAACGGCUGCAUGCCUCCCUAGCUGAGCGGGACCGCGUGCAGGCCACCAGGGAUGUCCUGUGCAGCUCACUGGUAGAGGAGGUGGACCAGCUCCGAGGGCAACUGGGAGCCACCGUGCGAGUGUGCCAGGAGCUACUGGGUAGACUGGAGAAGAGCAGGACGCCCGGCGCUGAAGACAAUGCGCACGCAGUUGAGGUGACUGAAUUCUCAGAUGUUGCCCACCUGAAUUCUCUGGUCAGCAAGUUACAAAGGGAGAACCAACAGCUGAGAGACAGAGUGGCAUACGUGGAGAACCUGAACUCAAAGUGGCAGAAGUAUGAUCAGAGCAGAGAGCAGUAUGUGAAGGGCUUGUGUGAGAAGCUGAGGGAGCCCAGCGGCCUGGCGCAGGCCCAAGGCCAGGCCACCGAGGCGCUGCUCCAGGAGGAGAUCGGCCGGCUGAAUGGCCUGCUCCAGGAGAAGAUGCUGCAGUGUGAAAGGAUGAGCACAGAACGAGAUGAGCGUGAGCCGAGAGACCAAGAACGCAUCCAGAUGCUGGAGCAGCAGGUUCUGGCCUACAUCGAAGACUUCAAAUCUGAGCGCGCGGACAGAGAGAGGGCUCAGGGCAAGAUCCUGGAACUCCAGGACGACGUGGAGCGUCUUCAGCUGCAGAUCCACACACAGAAUGCCAGAGAAGCCACUUCGGCACGCCGGCUCCACAUCAGCCUGAAGAAACCGGUCCGCAAGCAGACGGACACGGCCGAAACAUUGCUACGGAGCAGUCCUGCAGACUCUAGUGCCAAGCGGACAGCCGGGCACUGGCCCGCUCAGGACACUGCUGAGCUUCAGUGCCCACUGUGCGCAGCCAGGUACGACAACAAACACACCGCUGAAUUCCUGAACCACUGUGAGGAGUGUGCCAAACUGUGAACUCUCUGCUUGGACCUACAAACACAAGAAGAAGAAAUGCACUACAGAAGAAUCUGUGGAAGGCAGCGGCCUUGCUGAAGGUGGAGUGUCUGGUCUGGCACAGGAGACCCUGGGAAACCUACAGGAUGUUGACUUUUGCUGAGACAUUAAGCAGUUUUGUCAUAACGUUGGCAAGCUCAAAACUGUCCUGCCCACGGUUCGGGGUGGGAAUGAGUCCUCAGAUCAGAUUUGUUUUUGUUUUAUGAUUUGUUCUGGAAUCCAGUUGGGAAAGUUGGGAAAAAUUGGCCUCCAGUUUCCCGUUUGUAGCUGGUUGAAAUUCUGACUUCCAGGAAUUGACAUCACCAGAUACCAGACCAGUUGCACAGUAGAUUUUUGAAGUUUAAAAAAAGAAAGUUAGAAAGACUAUAAAACAAAACUGCAAUCUACUGAAAAUGUGUUAAAAUGUAUGCAUUGUUGAUUUUAUAAUAUAUGAGCUUUAUAUUGCAAGGUAUUGCCUUGUCAUAACCCAGUUAAGACAAUCUAUUUAAUGCUGUUGCACCUGACCUCUGCCAUCAGCUCCUCUGAUCUGAGCGCUCUGUCCAUCAGGAACUUGCCUGUGACCUGCUGGGUCCUUGUACAGCCCAGAUGAACACACACAUCUUGGUCCUGUGAUAUACCUCAAGAGAAUAUGAACAUAGCACUUUCCUCUAUUUUAAUUUUUUAUUUUUAUUUUUUUUCACAAUCUGUUAAUUAUACAUAAGCUUUUAUAAAGUGUGAACUAAAUUCAUUGUUAUGGUGCUAUUUUUAAUGUUUUAGAUUUUCAUAUAGAUCACAGCCCACUAAAAUAUCUAAGAGCUUAUCCGAUUUAAAUUAAUCAGGAGAGAGAAUUACUUGGAGCAUUGGUUAUCACUUUAUAUAAUCUGACAUACAUCCCCAACUCAAUCUGACUCAAAUAAGUCAAAAAUUUACAACAAAGUUUGAGCAGUGUGUGAGUGUUUACUGGGCCUUUGAUCUCUCCACUGUAGGAGAACGUCCAGUUUUAAAUAAAAAAGGAAGUUCCCUCAGGCUGGUAACGUGAGACAUGAGGCGUCGAGUCCUAGACUGGUUAAAAAAACGUAUGAGAGGAUCCUUUGAUUUAUACAUGUUUAAAGCGAUAUCAACUGACAUACAACUAAAGAUUUAUUUUUCUAAUCAAGUAUUUACAUUCUGAAAAACUUUAUUAAAAAUGUGUAAUGUUUUAAGUA